AAAUCUAUUACAUUUAUUGAGGAUGAAGGGGGAAUGAAAAGAAACAGAUAACUUAAGCAGAACCCCUAGAAUGCCUAAAACUACCAAGAAGGACAAGGGAAGUGGCAAAAAGGACGGUGAUGAUAAAAAGAACUCUGGACCCCCCACGGCCGCACUGUUCAACAAGGUAAAGAUAACACCCCUCGGGAAGAAGAAGGAUAACAAGAACCACUCAUCUCGCUUCCGUGUCAGUCAGGACAGAGAGCUUCAGAAGCUUCCCCUUCUCAAAGAUGCAGGAUCAGGUGUGGAGCGGGAGGAGCUGUUUAUCCAGAAGUUACGGCAGUGUUGUACAAUAUUCGACUUCGCAGUGGACCCUCUUAGUGACCUGAAGUGGAAGGAGAUCAAGCGUGCUGCCCUGAAUGAGCUGGUUGACUUUGUGACUCAUCAGAGAGGCGUUAUUACCGAGGCCAUCUAUCCGGAGGCUGUACAUAUGUUUUCUCGGAACUUGUUCCGGACGUUACCACCGCCCACCAACCCUCACGGGGCAGAGUACGACCCGGAGGAGGACGAGCCCACCCUUGAGGCUGCUUGGCCACAUUUACAGUUGGUAUAUGAGUUUUUCCUGCGGUUCCUGGAAUCACCAGACUUCACACCAAGUACCGCAAAGCGGAGCAUCGACCAACAGUUCGUAAUCCAACUUCUGGAGUUGUUCGACAGUGAGGACCCCAGAGAGAGAGACCUACUCAAGACAACUCUACAUAGGAUUUACGGAAAAUUCUUAGGGCUACGUGCUUACAUUAGGAAACAAAUAAACAAUAUAUUUUUUCAGGUACUAUACGAAUCAGAACGACACAAUGGCAUCGCAGAGUUGCUUGAGAUUCUGGGCAGUAUAAUUAAUGGGUUUGCCCUGCCACUGAAGGAGGAACACAAACAGUUUCUACAGCGUGUCUUGUUACCCCUUCAUAAAGUGAAGUCUAUGAGCGUUUAUCAUCCUCAGCUAGCGUACUGUGUGGUUCAGUUCCUAGAAAAAGACUCUACACUAACAGAGAUCGUUAUUAAGGGACUACUAAAGUUUUGGCCGAAAACCCACAGCCCGAAGGAGGUUAUGUUCCUGAAUGAAUUAGAAGAGAUAUUGGAUGUCAUAGAGCCGCAUGAGUUCCGCAAGAUUAUGAGGCCGCUGUUCCAGCAGCUGGCUAGAUGUGUUUCCAGUCCACACUUCCAGGUUGCAGAACGCGCUCUGUAUUUUUGGAACAACGACUAUAUAAUGACCUUGAUAAGCGAUAAUGCAGAUGUUAUACUACCGAUCAUGUUUGGUGCUUUGUAUAAAAACUCUAAAUCUCAUUGGAACAAGACUAUUCAUGGUUUAAUAUACAACGCAUUAAAGCUCUUUAUGGAGAUGAACCAGCGGUUGUUUGAUGAAUGUACAGUACGGUACAAGGACGAGAGACAGCGAGAGCGUGCUAAAAUGAAGGAGCGUGAGGAGGCAUGGGCCGCGUUGGAGCAGGCAGCCAUCUCUAACGCCGAUAAGAUCAAAGCACAAAUACCAAGCGCCAACAAUCAAUAUACCACGGCUAUUGAUAACGAGGAUUUGGAUGGAGUUGAUCCCGCUGAUCUGGCAGAUACUAUCAAGAACUUGCCGGAAAAAGGAGCGGUGGAUGACACGGAACCAGUUGAGGCAGCCGUACAACGUGACCUCACUAGGAGAAAAUCGUUCCUUCCUGUCGACUUCGAAACUCGCAAAGCGCUUAUACAGCAUCAACAACAUAAGGUCGACCCUAGCACGUGAAUGCGCAUAAUCUAAGGGAGCCGAAGGGUGUCCUGUGCAACAAGUGCUGAGGUGUGGUGGAACAAUUAGGCGCACUGCCAUGGCAACAACAUUGUAUCCAGUGACGCGCUGGGAGACGAUCCUGUUUUAUUUGUUACUCGCUAUCUCUCCUACACUACGUAUCCAUGGCAACUCUCUAUCUCUCUCCUGAAAUACACUCAGUUACCAUGGCAACUAUAUCUUAUUCCCUCCCUCUUUCAUAUGCCUGAAACUGUUAUGUGAGAAGGAUUGUAAAGUUGGGACUGUUAGGUGAUGUGUACUAUUAACUCGUAUCCCGUGUUAUUCAAGUGUCUUGUCUCCCAAGACGUCGUUAUCCACGCAAAAAGCUUCGCAGAAAGUGUUAGAAAUUAUUCCUUUAGGUUUUGUGUUAACGUUCUUUAUUAAAACAUCUAAUUUUAUACCACGCCUAUGUGUUACGUAGCAGGUUAAACCAACCAAAUUACACACGAAGUUUAGCUUCAUAUAUAAAUAUAAAACUCGUAUUCUUAUUGAAUAGUGAUAUCACAACGUGUACAUUAUAUAUUUGAUCACUAUAAAUCUACUGUGUAUGUUAAUAUAAUGAGGACAAGGUCGGAAUUGUUUAAUUUUUAAACGUUUACCUCGUCUAGUGUGAUUAAUAUAUCAGGGUCUUUGUUUUCACUGCACUGUUUUGUACCGCCCCAGCGAUACUCUUCUCUAUAUAAUAUGAUAUGUAUGAUAAAAUUUUGGUCACGUGAUAUGUUGCAAAACGUUCAAAAAAAUGAUUCACUUUUAAGUACUAGCUGCAGCAGAAUUAUUCGGAGUAUUUUCGACUAUCGUACAUAACAAUUUGACGUAGUUAAGUGUUUCAGACCCGAAUGUAGAUCGCUCUGUCGUUUGACCUCUCUGAUUUAAAUCUUGCCAUGCGGAUUAUCUUUUCAAACUAAUCUGGCCUGGUUGUUUCCAAAGUGGUCAAAAUUAUUGAGAGUUGCUGCAGUUAGUGUAAAUAUUGUAAGUUGUGGGUUGAGGAGGAAGUUUAACUCUGGUAAAGAGCGUUUUUAAGUUUGGUUUCACUUCUGAAUUUUGAAACGUCAUUCACUUGG